AUGUAUAAGACGAAGUUUCUAAAACUUUUAUCGUUCCAUCUUAUGAGUACUGGUAUUUCUGUAUUUCUGUUCAGUUUAAAAUAUAAAAUAUUUUUCGAUUUAUCUACUAAAGAUGCUCUUAUUCCUGAUCUAUCACAGGGUUGGGUACCGCAAGCAGUUGGUUAUAUACCAGAAAAAAAAUGGUUGUUAGUAACGAAUUAUAACGAUGAUAAAAGAACUGCGAGUUCUAUUGCUGUUAUUGAUUCUAUCACAAAGACUUUCAUUAAACGAAUAUUAUUAGCUAAUAAAAAUGGUGACGUCUAUACUGGUCAUGCUGGCGGUAUAGCUGUUUCUAAAACUAAUGUGUUUAUAUCAAAUCAAUUUAGUAUUGCUACACAAGGAAGUUUCGCUUAUUUUGAUCCAACAGAUAAUAUUUUAUGGGCCGGUGAUUUUGUUGAUGAUAAAGACGAAAAACAACAACCCAAAUUAGUUGGUUAUAAAUUAAAUAUUAAUGACACAUUAAAUAACUCUCGAUUAUCAGCGACUUACACAUGGAAUAUUCCAAUUAAAAUUCAGGGCAUGGUAAUUAUUAAUGAUAAAUGUGUGUUUAGCCAAUCAUACGGUCGUGCAUCUGACAGUAAAUUAAUAAUAGCCAAUAAGGGUUAUAAUGGUAAACAACUAAAAACAAUUACAUUACCACCAUUAUCCGAAGGCCUUUCAUAUCAUCCUAAUUCAAACGAUCUUUUUAUUAUUUUCGAAUCAGCUGCUGAGCAAUAUCUCGUUGGUGGAAUAUAUCCAUUAAAGAAUAUUUAUAAGAUAAAUGUUAAAAAGUUCUUCAAGGAUAUUGCUUAA